UAUUCCUAUUGCCUGUUGCCUGGCAUUGUGUGAUAGGCUUAACCGUUGGCCCAACGUAACCCAAUAUUGGGCCAAUCUUCAAGCAACGUUCGUUGAAUGCACUCUGCUACCAGGGUGAACCGGUUGGUUACCACAUCGUGCACGUACAACGCGCGAAAGAUCGCGAUUUCUGACCUCACGGUGACACUCCGCCCAACGGUGCGCGUCGCACUCGAUCGCGUCGAUCGCGAAAUUCCCCCUCGACACGCAUCUCUUCUGUUAAUCGCGAGGAAAGAAAAUUCGUCCGAAGACGGUUGAGUAAGUCGAGUUGCGCGCGCCGCGCCGCCUCGCGCGACUUCGGCCGCGCUCGGCAACGUUCGCGCUCGGUCGGUCGAAGGGCCAACGAGCGCGCCAUAUCGGAAACGGCGGCUGCGGCGGCGGCGGCGGCGGUAGCGGCGGUAGCGGUAUCGUAGUGUGCGUGUGCGCGUAGACGAACGCGGACGGAGAGGGCCGAGCGCGGCCGUUCGGCAUUGAUAACAGCGGGCGGCCCGCCGCGACAGUCGGAGCCGGUCGCUCGUCGUGCGAGCGUCGUGGAACGUUGGCGCGCUUUUCCGCCGCAGUACGAGAACGCGAGCUGUCAACCGCCGCGCGCCCGAAAAAAACUGUUCGCGCGCGCGCCGCCCUCCGAAAGUACUUCCGCCGCGGCUCGCGGUCGCCCCGCGCCGUUUACGUUUCCGCGUCUCUGUGCCCGCGAGUGCCCCGCGGUGUGUCCAAGUGGUGUGAUCGCGCAGCGAUGAGGGUCGUCGGCGGCGAGGCGAGAGAUAGAGCCGCAUCGUAAUUCUGAGGCCGCCUACGUUCUUUCACGGCGCGGCACCAGCACCGAUCUAGGCAGCUGCUGGUUUGGAAAUCUCGAAGAUCUCUCGCUUUCCCGCGCAUAUUCCCUGCGUACGUAGGAGGCCCAAGUUUUCGCCGAUAAUCCGACUUAGCAUCUGCCGCUUAACAAGGCAAGUAUAAUUAUCGGGGAUACGAGAAGGACCAUUUCGUGAGCAGAUACCCGCCUCGUAAGGAGCGUCUCGGAUAACCUGGUCGGUUCCUAAGAUUGGAGUGAAUUGGCAUUCUACAGAGAUGCAGCCAUCGCACCUAAUGACGAGAUCGAUAUAAUCGACCGGCGCACUUGCGGGAACGAGGCUUUUACCGUAUUCGAAAAUAAGACCCCACGGCUGGAGGAAGCCGCGAGCGACGAGCGGUGAUCGCGCGAGAAUGCGGUGACGUUGGGAAACUGCUUGACCCGAAAAUACAUAUCGUAACGCACACAUAUGCGAGUUAAUGAAAAAGAAGAAAGUCAUAUCCAACUUGCGACGUUAAUGCACGUUGACGCAAGACCGUCUCGCCAGUUUCACGUUGACGCAACGUGGCGAGGAAUGAAACGCGACAUAUCGAUUGCUAAACGUAUCACGUUACAUGAUUAAAACUCGGUAGACGUCUGCCGCGGCACAUCUCGAACUGCAACAUUAGUUUGGCGCAAUUGAGAAAUCUGUUUUAUCUCACCCUCGUGUGAUUUAUCGCGACGGCGUCGGGAGAGAUCAAGUUUGAAGAAUAGUCUCGGCGAAGCGGGCGAUAACGCGUGUACUAUCGGUACGGAAAGUUAUCGAUGUUGCACGUCAGUGAUUGUCAGUCAUCUCGAUUAGGAUAAAGAAUCGUUCUCCGGGGCCGGGGCGCUCGCUCCGUGAAAUUCCUGGCGCGGUUGCUCGUGAAAGGAACGCGUCUACCGUGGAUCUCCUCUCUCUACUCGGGCGUUUAAUUAGCGUCCUCGAUCGCGUAGAAAGGAGGAACUAGCCGAGGCGCCCGGACCUUUCGACGUCACACGGCGAGAGCCGACCGGAGGGAGGUUGAGGAGGGGCGGGAGGAUGUUGCUGAGGUAACACGACAUUUCGAGGCCGCACGAGAAGUACGAUAAUCGCAGCGCGGGAAGGUGUCGAUCGCAGCAGGCGCAUAAAGGAAGGAUCGAGGAGCGGCGGAAGGAUGGGUUUCCCCAGGAGAAGGUCGCUGUGGUUGAAGGUGGCGGUGCUGGCGACCGCCGUGUGGGUGACCGUCUGUUUCCUGCUCUACACGGAGGAUCGGGCGGCGGUGGCCGCCGUUCAGAAUUUGGCGCCGUCGGGCGUCGCGGUGCCGCAGCAAGCGGCGAACGGCUUUGUGCCGCCCGCGGCGCCGUUUAGAAAAGAGACGACCGGCAAUGUGAUCAGCAACAAGGCGAGGAUCAAUCAGGCUGGCCCGGAGCAAGAUCCCAUAGGCGGCGGAGUACUGGCUAUACCACGGGAACCGGAUGCUGGUGCGCCCGGCGAGAUGGGCAGGCCCGUGAUAUUGCCGACCAACAUGUCCGCGCAGACGAAGAAGCUGGUGGACGAUGGCUGGCUCAAUAACGCGUUUAAUCAGUAUGUCAGCGAUCUAAUCUCCGUGCACAGAUCCCUGCCCGAUCCGCGCGAUCAGUGGUGUAAGGAGUCUGGUAGAUACUUGAAGGACCUUCCGCCUACUGCGGUAAUUAUCUGCUUCCACAAUGAAGCGUGGUCCGUACUGUUGCGUACAGUGCAUUCCGUGCUCGAUAGAUCGCCGGAGCAUCUCAUACAAGAAAUAAUUCUGGUCGAUGAUUUCUCCGACAUGCCUCAUCUGAAGCGUCAGUUGGAGGACUAUAUGAUGAAUUAUCCGAAAGUGAGGAUUAUCAGGGCGAGUAAACGAGAGGGUCUUAUCAGGGCGCGCUUGUUAGGCGCCGCGGCAGCCAAAGCUCCGGUACUCACGUAUCUGGAUAGCCAUUGCGAGUGUACGGAGGGCUGGCUGGAGCCUCUUCUGGAUCGGAUCGCGCGCGAUCCGACGACGGUAGUUUGUCCGGUGAUCGAUGUUAUAGACGACACCACCCUGGAAUACCACUGGCGCGACUCGGGCGGCGUAAAUGUCGGUGGAUUCGAUUGGAAUCUCCAGUUCAAUUGGCACGCGGUGCCAGAGAGGGAGAGAAAGAGGCACAAAAACCCGGCCGAACCCGUUUGGUCGCCGACGAUGGCUGGCGGCCUCUUUUCGAUAGAUCGCGUCUUCUUCGAACGGAUCGGCACGUACGACAGCGGCUUCGACAUCUGGGGCGGCGAGAAUCUUGAAUUAUCAUUUAAAACCUGGAUGUGCGGAGGCACCCUGGAAAUCGUGCCGUGCUCGCACGUGGGUCACAUCUUCAGGAAACGUUCGCCUUACAAGUGGCGCAGCGGCGUGAACGUGCUCAAGAGGAACAGCAUAAGGCUGAGCGAAGUGUGGCUGGACGAGUACGCCAAGUACUACUAUCAGAGGAUAGGUCACGACAAGGGGAACUACGGCGACGUAUCGGAGCGAAAGACUCUUAGGAAGAAACUGGGGUGCAAGUCGUUCAAGUGGUACCUGGACAACGUUUACCCGGAACUCUUCAUUCCGGGUGAGGCAGUCGCCUCUGGAGAGGUCCGAAACCUCGGCGAGGGCGGCAACACCUGUCUGGACUCGCCCGCACGCAAGGCCGAUUUGCACAAACCGUGUGGGCUGUAUCCCUGUCAUCGACAGGGUGGAAAUCAGUACUGGAUGCUCAGCAAGACGGGCGAGAUCCGUCGAGACGAGUCGUGCCUGGACUACAGCGGCAGCGACGUUAUUCUCUAUCCUUGCCACGGCAGUAAAGGGAAUCAACAAUGGAUCUACAAUCCUCAGACUAACCACAUCAGGCACGGUAGCAGCGACAAGUGUCUGGCGAUCACGGAGAGCAAGCAACAACUGGUGAUGGAGGAAUGCUCGACCAAUGCCCCGAGACAGAGAUGGUCCUUCGAGAAUUACGACUCGUCGAAGCUGUGAUACCGCGCCUUCUCGCGUCGUCAUUCGCAUAAUCGCGGCCACGGUCCCGAGCGCGCCGGGUCCUGGCUGCCGGGGAAACGGUACUCGAUCGCCAAGACCCGCUUCGGCAGAUAAAUGUCGCGCGGGGAAUCCGCGAGAGAUCGCAAAAAAAUGAUUCCUGCGGCGCUGCUCGGGACCGACCUGGUGGACCGGCUCGAGUUCCACGCGUUUCCCCGAGACACUCGUCGGGAAAUGUCCAUCGACCUCUCAUCGGCGAGCUCGGAGUGUGUUAGGACAAAGCGGAAGAUCGAUCGAUGCAACGAACGUUUGCGAGGACAAUACACUUAGAGAAUUUUGUACUCGAGAAACUGCAUUUAAUUAGAAUAAGUUCCGAGCACCGCUCGAACCGAUUAUGAUUUGAGUUUCAUGUAGUAGCCCUAAGUACUAAGAGUAUUACGAGAGAUUGGCCCGGACGUGGUCGUGGACGAACGUGAUCGUAUCGACCAUCGAAUUAGCUCUCGAUCGUCACUUUCGUUCACUGAUCGUUUGCGCUUCCACGCGGAUCGAAAGGGGAAGCGGGAUGCCGGAUGCUAUCACAGAAACGAUCGUACCGAUCCUUGCCGGCCGAAUCGUCGAUUAUUCGUCUCGAUAGCCAAUUAUUUUCCUCUCGCUCUCCGCGUUACGGCGCCGGCAAUUUCCGCGAGCGAAUGUGUCUCCGACGAGCCCGAACGCAGCUAUUAUCCUUUAGGAAAGUAAAGUGCCAAAUUUAAAAAUACUCCCAUCCUAAGCUCGCUGUAACCGGGGACGAACACCGGCGCGGCUCAAAUCGCGAGCACGCACCGCCGUUAAUGAAAACACGUAGUUGCGUGUGCCGAAUGAUUUCAGGAGAUCGUAUUAGACGAUAUCUGCGCGGUCGUGCCCUUCGGCUAACCCUUGGAGUGCCAUGUGCGAGCUCGAGGGGAAAGAAACGCGAGGAGAAUUAUAACUCCCUUAACGCAGAUUGCGUUUGAAUAAUUUACAUUGUUCUCACGCAACGGCUCACGAGAUAGCAUGCGUCUUAUAAUCAGAGAUCGCUUACCUUCAAGCUAUUCCCGUUCACGCGUUUCCCGAUAUUCGACAAGUAUUUCGAAGACGAAGCCAAAUAGGAAACGGAGCAAUUUUGCCGUACUAUUUAUAUAUCAUUUCGAAGACGUAUACAAUCAUUUUAACCGACCACUAAUGUCACUCCUCAUGUUAAACUGUAAUCGUCAGACGUCAUAUCGUUAAUAAUCGACGAUUCGAUCAUUCGCGUUGCAUUUGAGCAUUUGUCGAUCGCUCACAGUCUCUUGCCGCCUCCUCGGAGGCGAAUUCUACAUUCCAGACUCGCUGGGGCGAAGGCGGCGACGUUCCGCGUAACGAAAAAAAGAGAAUGUAUUUUCUUUUUAGUUUUUAACUUAGGUACUCGCGUAGGUUUAAUUAGGGACGCGCGGAGGACGAAAACGGCAAAGCAUUCCGGAGACGAAUUGUUUGAUUCUAUUUGUAUGAUACAUUCGUGUAAGAUACGAUAUCUCGAUGCCAGUUCAGAGAACGUAAGUACCGCCUAAGUAAAUCUAAGAGAGUGUCGCUAAGUGUAUGAAUAUGUAUGAGCUGCUAAUCGUAAGCGGGGGAUCAUCUUCGCUUUCGACAGCUGCGAACGACACGCGAGCGUGAAUCGGCGAUUAAUUGAAUCGUGUAAAUUUGCUAGCGCGAAAAGUACACUUUUACAAGGAAACACGGAUCGUUUCGUAUAAUUUUAGCUACAUAUCACUAUACGAGCGCGAUCGAGAGUCGACGCGAAUAAUACAGUCUUCGUAUAAAAAUAAGAUUUUAAUCUAAAAUACAUUAACGAGUCUUUACCUGUUAGUUACGUGUUUAAAAAAUUUAUAACGUGUUCGCCUGAGAAAGGUCUAAUUUAAAACUAGGGGGCGCGCGAGGUUUGAUCAUUUUAUCCCCUAGGUUCUUCGGAUAUUUCAUAUUUGAAAAUGAUUUUUGCGUGCCAACAAAAUCACAAAUACCGCCGUGUAUGCAAAAAUGCACAAUGAAAAGGUGCAACUGACGAUCGUCAGGGUAAUACACCUGCCUGUAUUAUCACUUGUACGUCUACGAGUCUAAUCGUGUGGCGCAAUUUUAUUCCCUUUCUUUUCUUCUCCGUUACAUUUGAAGAUACAAUUAUGAAAUUGCAUACGCCGAAGAAAUGUAGCGAAAUUUAAAUAUCACGCGUGGAACGUUUUCUCGACAGAAAUUGCGAAAAGGCGUACGUAGCUCUGUUGAAAUCAACCGAGUGGGAUGUUCAGGAGACACGAGCUGUUUACGCGGCUGCACUUUUCAUGCGACGAUGCGAGCCGCGUCGCGCCCGAAUUCGCGUGUAAUUAGUCGUGAACGUGAUUGAAUGCGUUAAGUGCGUUUAACUGGAAAAGAAUUCGAAGAGAGAGAGAGAAAGAGAGAGAGUGUGUGUGUGUGUAUGUGUGAGAGAGAGAGAAAGAGAGAGAAAGAAAGAAACAUUAGCGAGCGCUGGCCCGCGUACGAGUGCGUGCUUAAUUAGACAAGUCUAACUGGCGAUUCUUAUUUUAGGAUUAAUCGAGUCUCUCGGGGCCGCAAUUUUGCCAAUGCGACACACGAGACGCAGUUGAAUAGCUUAGGGAGUGUGAUUGUGCAAGCCGUGGAUAAUCUCGCGUGCGAGAAUCCCGCCUCGCGAUCUCGUUCCUAAUGGUCCGACGCGAGCAACGCGAGCGCAUAUCGACGGGAGACGUUUAUACAGAUUAUAUAUACGACAUUUUCUACAUUUGGUAAGGACGUUGCAUAUCGUAAGGGACAAAGACGAUUGAUAGUAAUUGUAAACGUGGCUAACGCGCGCCGACCGUCGGGAGGAAGAGAGGACGCGCGUUCUCCGCGCCCAAGGCGCCCGUCGCGCAUUUAAUUAAUAUAUCAAAACGUGCCUUAUUUCGUGUAUAUAUGAAUAUUAUUAUCAUUAUUAUAUCAUUACUACAAACCUCUAUCAUAACGUGCAAGUAUUUGUGUUGAAUAAAUCGAUGUUGUUUUAUGUUA